GUCAACGGGCCCAUCCCGCGGGGUUCGCGCUUGUUCCUGAAUGACAUCCGUGUUCCGCCCAGCAGCGGUCGCACGCACACACUGCGGAAGUAGCGGAGAAACGCAUCGCAAACCACGUGGGCCGUAACGUAAUCAACGUCUUAUGCGCGACUACCUAGGUACAUGGGCUUUACUGGCUUUGGGAAACAUGUUGUUCAGCCUUGGUGUGUAGGUCGUACGACCACUUAUUUCCGAUUUUCUUUCUCUUGAUGCGGGUGGUGGUGGGCCUUGGAAGGUUGUUUGGGAAACAUCACCGCGGAGAUGCAGAGUAUUGCGGAUCUUUCAGGAACAUGGACGGUAUGUCGGGAGAGUGAGAGAUGUUGGCUGGGGGGAUAUAUAACUAGAGGUUUCUUCAGGUGGUGGGGAUAUGCAUAAUCAGUGAUUUACAUAUCUACUCAUUGUAGUAUUGCAACAACCGUGAACCAAUCUCGCUCAAAACAAUACAACGAAAAACCACUAUAUCACAUUGAACAUGAGCGCUCUGACUCCCUCUCAAGUACAGACGAUUAAAUCUACGGUCCCCGUGCUUGCCGAAUAUGGCGCAGCUAUUACGACAAGAUUCUACGAGGACAUGCUCACUGCACAUCCCGAACUCCAAAAUAUCUUCAACAACACUCAUCAAGCGACCGGACACCAAGCUCAAGCACUCGCUGGAGCUCUCUACGCUUAUGCCGCCAACAUCGAUGACCUCGGAAAGUUGAGUCCAGCAGUGGAGCUCAUCUGCCAUAAGCAUGCCAGCUUGUACAUCCGGCCUGAACAGUAUGAUAUCGUCGGCAAGCAUCUCUUGGAGACCAUGAGCACUGUGUUGGGCAAUGCCGCGACACCAGACAUAUUAGAAGUAUGGGGUGCGGCAUACUGGCAACUGGCCAAUAUCAUGAUUGCGAAAGAGGACGAUUUGUACAAAGAGACUUCAUAUUGGCCAGACUGGAAGAAUUUUACGAUUGUCAAGAAAGAGAAAGAGAGCGAAGAAAUCACUUCCUUCUACCUAGAGCCUGUUGAUGCCAACCUCAAACUGCCCAUGUUCAAGCCGGGUCAAUAUAUCUCUGUCAACGUCUUCGUCGACGAGCUGGAUGGUGGGGUAUGGCAGGCACGACAGUACAGUUUGAGUGAUGCCCCAGGCAAGAGUUAUCUGAGAAUCAGCGUGAAGAGGGAACCCGCAAUUGAGGUUGGAGAGCCGAAGUACAUGACACAGGCGGGAUAUAUCUCGAACCUACUGCAUGAGGUGAGGAAUGAAGGGGACGUUGUAAGAGUGUCCCAUCCAUUUGGCGACUUCUUCUUCGAUGCUAGCGAAGUCGACCAAGAUACACCUGUUGUCCUGAUAUCGACAGGUGUAGGCCUUACUGCUCUGACAUCCAUCUUCAACUCCUUAACAAAGCAGAAGACCUCUCGACCAAUUACCUGGAUACAAGGUGCACGCAACUCAAAGACGCGUGCUUUCAAGAAGCAUUUCGACCAAUGCGCGAGAAGCAACGAGAAUGUGCAUACCGUGUACUACUCGUCGAAUCCAAUCGAAGGGGAAAUUCAGGGCCAUAACUAUUCCAUCAAGGGACGCGUGAAUCUAGAACAAAUCGAUAGCAAGUACCUACACACGGACAACAGCAAGACGCAGUACUACUGCUGCGGGCCCACGCAGUUCAUGCUCGACGUAGAGGCCAAGUUGAGAAGCUAUGGCGUACCAAGUGAGCGGGUGAAGAUGGAAUUGUUUGGGACCGGUGGUGUACCGAGGGUCUAGGAUGUUGUCACUUGAGGAAUUUGCAAUCUUACGUGUUGGGCACGCGUGGGGAAUCAAUAAUCUUCUCCUUCUC